AUGCCUUUAUAAAGCCAUCGCUGGUGACCUUGAGGUGGUGUAUAUAAAGUCUGGACCAGGCAGAGCGGUGACACCUUGUGUGUGCUUUGCAGGACCGGGUCCUUUUCUUCCUCCUCCUAGAGCUGUACUACCUUGAAACUUUGCCAAGAUGAUGGACAUGACGGAAUUCGGGGAGGCUGCUCCCUUUCUCCGAAAGAGCGAGAAGGAGCUGAUGAUGUUACAAACUGUUGCCUUCGAUGGGAAAAAAAAAUGUUGGGUACCUGAUGAGAAGAAAGCUUAUGUUGAAGCUGAAAUUACAGAAAGCAGCGGUGGCAAAGUGACUGUUGAGACAACAGAUGGACGGACCAUGACUAUAAAAGAAGAUGACGUGCAGUCAAUGAACCCUCCCAAAUUUGACAUGAUUGAGGACAUGGCUAUGCUGACCCAUCUGAAUGAGGCGUCUGUGUUGUACAACCUGAGGAAGCGCUACAGCAACUGGAUGAUUUAUACCUACUCUGGCUUGUUCUGCGUGACUAUAAACCCCUACAAGUGGCUGCCUGUCUACAAGUCGGAGGUUGUUGCUGCCUACAAAGGCAAGAGGCGCUCAGAAGCCCCUCCUCACAUCUUCUCCAUUGCUGAUAACGCAUACCAUGACAUGCUGCGUAAUCGGGAAAAUCAGUCUAUGCUGAUCACCGGAGAAUCUGGUGCUGGCAAGACGGUCAACACAAAAAGGGUCAUCCAGUACUUUGCCACAGUGGCAGCCCUGGGUGAACCUGGUAAAAAAAGUCAACCUGCUACCAAAACUGGGGGAACCUUGGAAGAUCAAAUCAUUCAAGCAAACCCAGCCCUAGAAGCUUUUGGAAACGCCAAAACCCUGAGAAAUGACAACUCCUCACGUUUUGGUAAAUUUAUUCGAAUCCAUUUUGGAACCACGGGCAAGCUGUCAUCUGCUGAUAUUGAGAUCUAUUUACUGGAGAAAUCCCGAGUGAUUUUUCAGCAACCGGGUGAGAGAGACUAUCACAUCUUCUACCAGAUCUUAUCAGGAAAGAAGCCAGAGUUACUGGAUAUGCUAUUGGUCUCCACCAACCCAUAUGACUACCACUUUUGCUCCCAAGGAGUAGUUACAGUGGACAACUUGGAUGACGGAGAAGAAUUGAUGGCAACAGAUCAAGCCAUGGACAUUUUGGGAUUUGUGCAAGAUGAGAAGUCUGGUGCCUACAAGCUCACAGGUGCCAUUAUGCACUUUGGGAACAUGAAAUUCAAACAGCGACCCAGAGAAGAGCAGGCAGAGGCUGAUGGCACUGAAAGUGCUGACAAAGCUGCCUACCUAAUGGGAAUCAACUCCUCUGAUUUGGUUAAGGGUUUAUUACACCCUAGAGUGAAAGUUGGCAAUGAGUAUGUGACCAAAGGUCAAAGUGUUGAACAGGUUUUGUACGCUGUUGGGGCCUUAUCCAAGGCAGUGUAUGAUCGAAUGUUCAAGUGGCUGGUGGUCCGUAUCAACAAAACAUUGGACACUAAGCUGCCAAGACAGUUCUUCAUUGGAGUCCUGGACAUUGCUGGCUUCGAAAUCUUUGAUUUCAACAGCUUUGAGCAACUCUGCAUCAAUUACACUAAUGAGAAACUGCAACAGUUUUUCAAUCAUCACAUGUUUGUCCUUGAGCAAGAAGAAUACAAAAAAGAAGGCAUUGAAUGGAUAUUUAUUGAUUUUGGCAUGGACCUGCAGGCCUGUAUUGAUCUAAUUGAGAAGCCAUUGGGAAUCCUGUCUAUCCUUGAAGAAGAAUGUAUGUUCCCAAAAGCUACAGAUAUGACGUUCAAAGCCAAACUUUAUGACAAUCAUCUUGGCAAGUCACCUAACUUCCAGAAGCCCAGGCCUGAUAAGAAAAGGAAAUAUGAAGCUCACUUUGAACUUAUUCAUUAUGCUGGCUCAGUUCCCUAUAACAUCAUUGGGUGGCUGGAGAAGAACAAAGACCCGCUUAAUGAAACUGUAGUAGGUAUUUUCCAAAAGUCAUCCAAUAAGCUCCUGGCAAGCCUGUUUGAAAGCUAUGUUGGUGCUGACAGUGCUGACCAGGGUGGAGAAAAGAAACGCAAGAAAGGUGCUUCUUUUCAAACAGUGUCCUCAUUACACAAGGAAAAUUUAAAUAAACUAAUGACUAACCUAAGAUCUACAGCCCCUCACUUUGUACGAUGCAUUAUUCCCAACGAAUCAAAAACACCAGGUGCAAUGGAUGCUUUUCUUGUCUUGCAUCAGCUCCGCUGUAAUGGCGUCCUGGAAGGCAUCCGCAUUUGCCGUAAGGGUUUCCCAAACAGGGUGCUUUAUGCUGACUUUAAACAAAGGUACCGCAUUCUGAAUCCAGGUGCAAUACCAGAAGAUAAGUUUGUGGAUAGCAGAAAAGCUGCCGAAAAACUACUGGCAUCUUUAGAUAUUGACCAUAACCAAUAUCGUUUCGGGCAUACUAAGGUGUUCUUCAAGGCUGGUCUGUUGGGUCACCUAGAAGAAAUGAGAGAUGAGAGACUUGCAAAGAUCCUAACGAUGAUCCAGGCAAGGGCACGUGGCAGACUGAUGAGGAUUGAGUUCCAGAAGAUAGUGGAGCGCAGGUAUGAAGUCACCCUCUUCAAUCUUAGCGGAUAAUAGUCAUUAGCAUUUAAUUAUAUGUUGAGUAGAGCCAUUAUUACUGUCACUAAGGCUCUAACUAAUCCUAAAUUAAAGGUUUAACAUGCAUGUCUGAUAAAACUAAUAGCAACUGUUUCUUGGUUACCUGAAAAUGGGAUUUGGAAAUUUUUCAUGUCCCUGAAAAUUAAGAGUUACAGAAAACAUUUCCUGCAUGUGUUGGAACCAAGAACAAGUUCCCAAUAUAACCAGGGAGCAGAGUUGUAAAAGUGAUUGAGAAUGAAAAAA